AUGAGCGGGGUGCUGUCAGGGGUAACCACAUCUGUCAACCGUUCUUGGCCAAUAAAGAGCGGAGCGAGGCGGACCACAGGUGCGCGCCUCUGCGUCCCCUUGGCACAGCGCCCGGGAGAUGCUAGAGAGAGACGCCGAGCUGCCCCGUGGCGCAAAAGAGUUACUGUCAAAGGCAGCCUCCUUUUAACUCCAGCUAUCACUCUGGCUCCGAUAGUUAUGGCGACCGCAACGUCCAACCACUACAGCGUGCUCAACACCCCCAGCAGCGCGCCGCCGCCGCACUCGGAGUCCGGGAGCAUGCAGCAGGCGGCAGCGUACAGGGACGCGCACACCCUGCUCCAGAACGACUACAGCACGUUACCGGGCGGUGGACAUCCGCUCAGCCACGCGCACCAGUGGAUCACGGCGCUGUCUCACGGUGACAGCGGGGCACCCUGGCCGUCCAGUCCCCUCGGAGAGCAGGACGUGAAGCCCGUGCUGCACGACAGUGACCGAGAGGAGCUGCAGAACUCCAGCAGUCUGCAGCAGCAGCAACAGCGACACCCUCACCUAGCGCACCAGCAGGCGCAUCACGACGCCAGAGCAUGGCGAACCAGCACGGCCACCACGCACAUCCCGGGUAUGGCGACAUCUGAGGGCCAGAGCCUGGUGUAUUCUCAGUCCGGCUUCGGCCUGAUGCCGGGGGGAGAGCAAGGGGGGAUGCAUCACCACCCCCUCCGGGAUGAGGACCACCACAGCCUCAGUCCGCAUCUCAGCGAUCACGGAGGCGGCCCCGGGGCCCAUCAGCAGUCUCUCUCGCACCAUCACCAGCACGGGGGCCACCAGGACCAUUCAGACGAAGACACGCCGACCUCCGACGAGUUGGAGCAGUUUGCCAAGCAGUUCAAGCAGCGGCGCAUCAAGCUGGGCUUCACCCAGGCGGACGUGGGACUGGCUCUGGGGACGCUGUAUGGAAACGUCUUCUCUCAGACCACCAUUUGCAGGUUCGAGGCGCUUCAGCUCAGCUUCAAAAACAUGUGCAAACUCAAACCCUUGUUGAACAAGUGGCUGGAGGAGGCGGACUCCACGUCGGGGAGCCCCACAAGCCUGGAUAAAAUCGCGGCGCAGGGGAGGAAAAGGAAAAAGAGGACCUCCAUCGAGGUGGGAGUCAAGGGGGCUCUGGAGAGCCAUUUUCUCAAAUGUCCAAAACCUGGAGCGGCGGAAAUCACCUCCCUGGCGGAGAGUCUGCAGCUGGAGAAGGAGGUGGUGAGGGUUUGGUUCUGUAACCGGCGGCAGAAGGAGAAGAGGAUGACCCCCAUUGGGGGACAGAUACCGGGAGGAGAGGACAUGUACGGGGACACCCCUCCUCACCACGGAGCACAGACUCCUGUGCAGUGACCUCAGUUUUAUCCUGAGCCACACACGGACCCCAUCACGGAGGUACAAGUCCUUCCUUAUUUCUUUGACUCUAUGCUGGAACCGCUCGGUACUGGACCCCAGCCAGUAGUAAUGUUGGACCCUUGACUGACACAGCGGGGAGAUACAGUGGCGCAGAAAAUACGCAUAGCGGAGAUGAUGGAGAGGGUUCAUGGCGCGGGGCUGCCAGGCGCAUUGGGAUACGACUGGCGUGUGAAAACCAAAAAAAAAAGAGAAAAGAAAAAGAAAGAAAUCACAAAUCUGCUUUUCUACACCUUCAAGGCGCCGGCGUGUCAUUAUUCAAGGUGUCAUAACAAGGGGACAGAGGCAGGGUGUGUGUGUUGAUGUGGACACGAGGUUGUCCACAGGGGGGAAAUAUAAAAACUAGCUCCGGGCGUGAUGUGGAAGCGUCGCAGCCAGAGUCAGACUCAGAGUGGGUAAAUAAACGCCAUCUUUCCGUCAUAACAAGAGCAACAGGGGUUCUUCAUUCACACACACAGGGAGAGAGAAAGCGAGAGAGAGAGGGCUGAAAUGGCAGACACCUGCUGUAGCCUGCUAUGUUAAAAAUGAAGGCCAAUAUCAACCAAUUAUUGGGAUUAUUUUAUUACUAUUAUUGUUGUUAUUAUGUCAUCAUCAUGACCAAUCAAAUGUGUUGAUCUAAUGUCAAAAUGCAUCAGUAUAUUUAUUAUUUAUUUAAUGUGGUAAGGAAAACAAUCUGACAUUGCAAUAAAAUAAUAACAAUGAUAGUAAUAAUAAUAUUAAUGAUAAUGGUAGCGAGUAUUGGUUGAUGCUUUUCUUUCCGUGCAGACUUUGCUGGGCGCCUGUUUACAGUGUGUUUUUUGCUGUUUAUUAUCUUAUUUCUGUACUUUUCCAAAAUGCUGUGAAACGAUAAAGACCAAGACUGUCCGGCUGCAACACUCGAAGCAGUUCAGCCCAAUUUGCCUUCCUUUCCUAAAAGAAGAAGAAGAAGAAAAAAAACAACACAGAAGUAUAAAAAAAAAACAAAAACAAAAAAACAAAAAACAUGAAAAUAAUGGUUACAAAAAAAGAUCAAAAAAGUGAAUAUAUCCUGGUACCAGCUCUGGCCGCAGUGGCUCCACUACUUCUACUGUAUGACUCAUUCAUUCACUGAGAAGACAAUUUGUGGGAUGUAUCUCCAUUCGUUUUUCGUAUGGCUUCGUUUGUUUGUAUAUUUGUUUGUUUGUUUGUUCCGUUUUCUCUGUCAGUCUGUGCCAAAGCACAAACACAGACACGUGCUCUUGUGCCACUUUAAUCCUGUGAUUUAUGAACCUGAUCUGACGGUGGAGGGUUACGAGGGGAAAUCCAGCAGUGAAGUUGGAGAUUUUAUUCUCUGACUCAAAUUCAAAGAUAAAGUAUCGAUUUUUGCUCUUUUUCAUCAGACACACAAAUUCCAAUGAAGGGUGUACAUGACUGCAGGAAAAAUAUCUGAAAUGAAAUAUUAUGUGAAUUACAGAAGAGUUACAGAAGUUUUUUUGCGUUUGAAAAAACUUUAUAAACUCAAGGCCCAGUUAACAAUCAGGAUCAAUAGCCAAACAAUCAUCACGAAUUAAUAGAAAUUACGCAUAGCAAGAUGUUUUGACAAUUUAACGCAUUUCAUGGACACAUUGCAUAAUUAUAAUAUUAACUCACGUUUGACCUGCUUUAUUCCCUAAGUAAAAAGACAAUACGUGUUAUUCUGAACACGUCGCCUCGAUCCUUCAGCUGAAUUUGAGUCUCUGAGGCGGAAAGAGGAAAAAACGGAAACUCAACCAAACCAAAACAAAAUCGCAUUGACCUGAAAUCUGUGAUCAAACCAAGAAGGAGGCGGAGAAAAGAAAUCAACG